AUGCAUGCAACGUAUGCAUAUUUGUGUCUCCUAGAGGCUAGCAUUGUGCUUGGUUCCUCAUGCAAUGGCGGGACAAUCAACUCACAAUCCGACGCGGAUGCAAUGAGCUCCUGCUCGAUAAUAUCAGGCGACAUCACAGUAAUCGAUUACGACGAUACCAGCCUCAACAUAAGCGGACCAGCGAAUAUAACAGGAAAUUUCAAUGUCACCGAUGCCCCGAACCUGACAGAACUAUAUGCUUCUGACCUGGAGACCAUCAGUGGCGAGCUUUACAUCGGCGGGACUGUGGCCAAGUUAGCGACAUUGGAUUUGAGCUCAAUGUUCAGCGUUGGCUCUCUGGACUGGGAAGAUCUACCAAAACUCACCAAUCCUAAUCUGCCUGCCUCGGGAAUAAACUCAAGUGAUAGCAUCAGGCUUGUGAACACCGGUUUACGCGGUAUCUCUUGGGUCAACAUGGACACCAUCGAUGAUGUCUACAUCGCUAAUAACCCUCUGUUGAUCGACGAUAUAAACCUUCAAUUCAGUUCAUUCACAGGCAGUGUCGAGGUAUCGGGCAAUGGGAAUGAAAAACAGAGGCCUGGGUUUGGCAUGACUCAUGCUACUUCUGGUGGCUCUAUCAAGUUGUCAAAUGUUAGCUCAGUGCAGCUGGGAAACAUAAUUACUCUUUCUGGAGAUCUGGAGCUUGUCGGGAGCACGAACGGGGUGGUCAGAAUACCGAAUUUGGAAAGAGUGGAUGGGAGUUUGAGCAUCCAAGAUAAUCCUGAUACACAUCAACUCUUUUUCAAUCAGCUUCGAUAUAUUGUGGGAAACGUCACCAUCACGGGAAACGCCAAUUUACACAACUAUAGCAUCAUGGCUCUUGAGGAAGUAGGCGGAGACGUAACAUUUCAAGGAUCCUAUGACCUGUAA